UAUACUGUAACAGUAGUAACGAAUUUGUAAUCGAACUGUGCGCUUCGUGGUUUGACGGUGGCAAACCGAUGCGUCGCUGUUUUUAAUAUUAGAAAAUUUAGCAAAAAAAAAAAAUUAAUUAAAAGUAAAAAAAAAAGCAAUUUGAACCUGAAAAGAAGAAAAUAAAUAAAUUUUUAUAUAUUAUAUUUUUAAUUAAAAAAAAUAAAAUCAUAUUUAAAGUAUACAUUUUAUAGAAUGUAUAAUAAUUUUUUAUUUUCAUAAAUAUUUUAAAAAUUAACAAUUAUAAUAUUAUAUACAGAAGAGAAGAGAUAAUACAACAUAAAGUAUUCUAAAGUGGAUUUCUAAUAAUAAAUAAAAAAAAAAGUUGUGACUUGACAAUAGUUCAAAAUAUAAAAUUAUGAAAGCACAUUUAUACUAGUGAAAUAAAAAUAUUAAUUUAAAAUAAAUAAUAAAACGAAAUUAAGUAUAAAAAUAUUUAUAUACAUAUAUAUGUAUAUAACAAACGAUAGAUUUCAAAAAUAAUUUAUUAUAAUAAAAUAAAAAUAAAGAAGGAAAAAUUUUUUAUAAAAAAGUGAAAUUUUUUAAAUAAACAACGUAAUAAUAAAAUUUUUUCUUAUCUUAAGAAGAAGAAAAGAUAUAAAAGGACAAUUUUAUACAUAUAGAAAUUUUGUGGAGAAAUUUUAAAUAAUUUAAUAAUAUUAAAUUUAUAUUUAAAUUUUUUUGAUUGAAAACAAAAAAGUAUAAACUAAUUCAAAAUGUUUGAUGUAUUCGGCUCCGUUAAGGGGCUCCUGAAAAUCGAUCAAGUAUGCAUCGAUAAUAAUUUAUUUCGAAUGCAUUAUAAAGCUACUGUCAUUAUAUUGAUAGCAUUUUCAUUAUUGGUAACAUCAAGACAAUAUAUUGGCGAUCCAAUUGAUUGUAUUGUUGAUGAGAUACCAUUACAAGUAAUGGAUACAUAUUGCUGGAUUUAUUCAACAUUUACAGUACCAGAACGUUUAACUGGAAUAACUGGACAUGAAGUUGUACAACCGGGUGUUGGUAGUCAUGUUGAAGGACAAGAUGAAGUUAAAUAUCAUAAAUAUUAUCAAUGGGUUUGUUUUGUAUUAUUCUUUCAAGCAAUAUUAUUUUAUAUACCACGUUAUUUAUGGAAAUCAUGGGAAGGUGGUCGUAUUAAAAUGUUAGUAUUAGAUUUGAAUAGUCCAAUUGUAAAUGAUGAAUCGAAAAAUGAACGUAAAAAAAUUUUAGUUGAUUAUUUUAAAGAUAAUUUACAUCGUCAUAAUUUUUAUGCAUUCCGUUUUUUCAUAUGUGAAGUAUUAAAUUUCAUUAAUGUUAUUGGUCAAAUAUAUUUUGUUGAUUAUUUUUUGGAUGGUGAAUUUUCAACAUAUGGUAGCGAUGUAUUAAAAUUUACUGAAAUGGAACCAGAUGAGCGUAUUGAUCCAAUGGCAAGAGUAUUUCCUAAAGUUACAAAAUGUACGUUCCAUAAAUAUGGUCCAUCUGGUUCUGUACAGAAAUUUGAUGGUUUAUGUGUAUUACCAUUGAAUAUCGUAAAUGAAAAAAUUUAUGUAUUCUUAUGGUUUUGGUUUAUAAUAUUAAGUGUAUUCUCUGGUUUAUCAUUAUUAUAUCGUAUUGCUGUUGUUGCUGGACCUAAAAUUCGUGUAUUAUUAUUAAGAACAAGAUCAAAAUUAUCAGAACAAUCAGAUAUUGAAAAUGUUGCAAGUAAAUGUAAAAUAGGUGAUUGGUUCGUUUUAUAUCAAUUAAGUAAAAAUAUUGAUCCAUUAAUAUAUAAAGAAAUUAUAUCAGAUUUAGCAGCAAAAUUUGAUGGUAAAGAUGUUGUUUGAUUAAAUUAAUAUGCAAAAAGGAAAACAAAUUAUAUAAUUACAUGAAAAGAAAAUAAUCUAAUACAUUAUAUCAUUAUAUAAAUAUGUACCUAUUAUGUAUUUUUCUACUAUAUAUAAAUAAUUCUUAAAUUAAAUUUUAAUAUUCCCGGAAAUUCCUUCAGAAAUAUUUUAGAUAAAAAAAAAUUUUAAUUUAUCUUGUUUUAUUAUUUAAAAAAAUUUCCUUUUCGAUUAAGCUUUUAAUUUUAUUUUUUUUAAUUAAUAUUCAAAAUAAAUUCAAUUACAUUAAAAUAAUAAAAUAACUACUUAAUUAAAUAUUUUUUUCAUACAAAAAUUGCAUAGUCACUUAGAGAAGAAGUAUUAUGAAAAAUGUUAAAAAUAACUUUUCAAAAUAUAAACAACGAAUUUAAUUUUUUUUAUUUAUUAUUUUCACAUAAAUUUUAUUAACUCAAAAUAUUAUUAG